AUGCUGGUCCCACUCAACCCAGCCGAGCACAGAUGGAGGCAAUCCAAGAUCGAUCCCCGUAUCACAGAGCGUCGAGCGGUAGGCGUUGAAUCGUUUCUAGGACGCAAAAAUGCAAAUUACAUGGGACAGAAUGACCUUCGGAUCCGCGUUGAGCUCUCCGUGUCGAACACGACGCCAUCUCUCGCUACUCUGAAGGAGAAACUGGAAGCCACUAUGAUGGAAAUGCGGUUCCUGCAUCCAGAGAGCGCGUGUACCCUUGCCUGGGACAAGGUCAUCGUUCCUCCUCUGUUACAAUACAGGUCUCCUGAGAGCCAGGAGGCGGCGAAGAAGUGGGCACAAGGUAUUGUCCACGUUCAGGCGACCACAGACAAUGCUCUGGACUUGUGGGAGGAUAUCGAGAAUCGCAGACGCUCCAACCCGCAGCCGGAGAAUCCUAUUACGGUGCAUAUCCUUGCCAACGUGGCCGAUGUAGACUCGCCUCUGCCGGUAGACACCAUUGUCGAUAUGCUGUUCAGGAUGAACCAUGUUUACUGGGACGGUGUAAGCGCCCGUGCGUUCGUCGGUGAUGUGCUCAGGACAUUCAGCAAGACCCUGGCUGCCGACUAUGAAGUUCCGGGGUAUGAAUGGGGCAAGGAGACUGCAAACUUGAACAUCCCGAUCCUUGACGCGUUGAAACCAGGUGUCGAAUGCUCCGGAGACGCUUUCACAGCCGACCGCAGUGAGCUUCUCAAGGCAUUUGGCGAAGGUCAUGCAGAUCUAGGAACAAGACCUCACACAGGCCCCUAUAAACCCCGCGUUGUAACACAUGUUUUCGCACCCAAGGAAUGCAGCGCUAUGAUCAAAGCUAUCAAAUCCCGUCUCGGUCCCAAAUACACUAUCACCCAUCUUGGCCAAGCUGCCGUGACGCAAGCCAUGCUAGAAAUCAAUCCCCCCUCGCCCGAUCUCCCUGAAAGUGCCGCCUUCGUCACGCCUAACUCGAUCAAUGGCCGUCGUUGGAUGGACAACGCCUAUGCUCCGACCUACUACGCCGCAUGUCUGGCGAACGGAGUCGUGAAAUUCAACAACGUCAAGUCGCUCAUCAUAGACCCAAGCGACAAACCGGCUAUGAUUCAGGCAUUGACCAAGGGCGCGGAAGAUGCCAAGAAGUCGAUCGAUUUCUGGUUGAGCAAGCCCCAUCAUUUACCCGUUGGUAUCAACGUGCACAAUCUCUCCGCUGAAUUCGUGGCUACGAACCCGGCGGAAGAAAAGGAAGUUGCUGUACCCGUCUUCCUAAGCGACGGAUUAAACGACCGGUUCCUCCCGAACGAGAUUGUCCGUAGUGAUACCAACAAGCCAUUGAUGACGGUUAAUGGGGUCUUGUUUGCACUGAACGAAUAUGACCCGUUCUACACCACACGCCUAGAAAGCUGGCAAGGUGCCUCGACGCUCUCUGUGUGCUAUAAUGGGGGAAAUUACUCCAAGGAGGAAGCGGAGGCUUUCUUGCACUGUGUCGUGAAGUAUAUGUUGGCCUUUGUGGGGGCGUAG